AUGGAAGAAGCUCAAGAGUUGUUGGUGGAAGUGCCAGAGGCGCCUGCCACCCCUGGAAGCUGGCGCUGGAAAGCCAUGGGCUCUGUAGUCGUGCUGGCACUGGUGGGCUGCGCAGCGUUCGCAUACAAGACCAUGCCUGCAGAAGAGCCUGCGUGGACAUCCAGUGUGAUGCAGACCAUCAACGAUUGGGAGGAAAUCCCUGGGAUCGACAAGGUCAUCGAGCACGCCAAGACCCUCGAGCUGAAGCAGCCCCUGCGCAACUUGAACGACUUGUUCUAUGAGUCCCAACCGGAGGAACUGCCAUGGAUUCGCACCGAGUGUGUGAUCGACGUGGUUCAGGGCGCCGCCUACUUGGGACAGGCAGUGGUCUUCUUGUACAAGGCCAUUGACUACGACGGGCUCAAGUGCCCAAACAACUCUCCAGUGGGCUGCGCUGCCAGUGUGGCAGGGUUCAUCACCUCCAUCACCUGGAUUGCCUCUUACCUCUCUUUCGCCGCUAACGCCUGUGGUGCCGCCGUCAACUCUGGUGCCCUGUGCGCGGGAGACUGGACGGCCCUGAUGGCGAACUUUGGUGAGAUGGCAACCGUUGGUGCAGCUGUGAAGGAGGAUUGCGACUUCAACAAGGACUGGAUCGCCCUGCUGCACGUGACCGACGCCAACCCCCUGCCACCCAACUGGCAAGCCUUCGUCCCUGCCGGCGCCGCACCCACCGUGGAGACCAUCGCCAAGGUGGACGCGCUCCGCACGUCCAAGCGCAACCGCAACUUCGACCUCACCCAGUGCGUCAUGGCCGACGUGACCAACGCGGCCUCCUACAUUGUCCGUGUCAUCCUGCAGAUCCGCUCUGCAGCCAGCGCCUGCCCCGAGCCAAAGGCCUGCGCCAUCAACAUCAUGAACAUCAUCAGCUCCUUCGCGUGGAUCUCCCAGUUCACGUCACUUGACCUCUCAGAAGGUCCUGUGGUGAAGAGCCCCGGCCAUCCUUGCAUCUGUUUGAGAGAAUACAGCCUAGAUCCAAGCACGCAAGUGGUGGCGGUGGUGGUGGUGGUGGUGGUCGUGGAAGCCAGAAGGCCUUGCGCCGCUGACAUCUCGGCGCCUCGCAAAGCACUGAAGCUCCGUCUCUCCGUCUCUCCGGGGACCGGUGCCGCCGGGGUGGCCGCCCAGGACAUGGUGGCCGCCGUGACCAACGGCCCUGCCGCGGGCAUUGCCACGACCUCUGCAGCUGGGCGAAGGAUGCGAAGGAGAAAGGCCCUGCCGCAGAUGGCCGAGAAGGCGUUGUCCUCCCCACGGACCAAUCUGGGAGCCAUUCCCCGAGUGGCGGCGGCAGAGACCGGGCACGAGGGAGGCUGCGGCGGGAUUUGGCACAGCAGGCGCAUGCAGCGUCGGCGUACAGAGGAGCCCACAGAGUUCUCCCGCUGGGCUCGCGCAAGGCAGUUCAAGGAAACCGAGGAGCUUUUGGCUGAAGUGCCAGAGGCGCCCAAGAAUGGCUUUCGUUGGAAGCUUUUGGGCUCGGUCUCCGUGCUGGCGCUGGUGUGCUGUGUGACGUUCGCCUACAAGAGACAGGUACAGCUGCAGAAGACCUCCAGUGUGAUUCAGUCCAUUACCGAGUGGGAAGAGAUUCCGGGUAUUGACAAGGUCAUCGAGCACGCCAAGACUCUCGAGCUGAAGCAGCCCCUGCGGAACCUGAACGACCUCUUCUACGAGUCCCAGCCGGAGGAACUCCCCUGGAUCCGCACCGAGUGCGUGAUCGACGUGGUGCAGGGAGCUGCCUACUUGGGUCAAGCAGUGGUCUUUUUGUACAAGGCCAUUGAUUACGAUGGACUGAAGUGCCCAAACAACUCGCCAGUGGGCUGCGCAGCCAGCGUUGCCGGUUUCAUCACCUCCAUCACCUGGAUCGCGUCUUACCUCUCCUUCGCCGCCAACGCCUGUGGUGCUGCUGUCAACUCGGGCGCCCUGUGCGCGGGAGACUGGACGGCCCUGAUGGCGAACUUUGGCGAGAUGGCGACCGUUGGUGCGGCCGUGAAGGAGGAUUGCGAUUUCAACAAGGACUGGAUCGCCCUGCUGCACGUGACCGACGCCAACCCUUUGCCGCCCAACUGGCAAGCCUUCGUCCCGGCCGGCGCCGCACCGACCGUCGAGACCAUCGCCAAGGUGGACGCGCUCCGCACGUCCAAGCGCAACCGCAACUUCGACCUCACCCAGUGCGUCAUGGCCGACGUGACCAACGCGGCCGCCUACAUUGUCCGUGUGAUCCUGCAGAUCCGCUCGGCGGCCAGCGCUUGCCCAGAGCCGAGGGCCUGCGCCAUCAACAUCUUGAACAUUAUCAGCUCCUUUGCUUGGAUCUCCCAGUUCACGGCUUUGGCCGUGUCGGAUUGCUGGACGAAGGGCAGUCAGAAGGCCCUGUGCGCUGCCGACAUCUCUGACAUGGUGGCAGCCGUGACCAACGGUCCCGCGGCUGGCAUUGCUACCACCUCGGAUUGCGCUGACCUCCCAGAUCCGCUGGAGGAGGAGAAGCACCUGCCCAUGGACUAA